CUUAUCGCUCUAAUAGAAUAACAGCACACUAUAAUAUAGUCUCUUACAACAAAUCGAGCCCUCAUAAGGCUGAUAAGCCCGAAUAUUAUCCUCAUCGUCAUUGUAAUCGAAUAACGACACUUUUAGGUACUGCUCUAUUAAACAGAGCUCCACGUGUUGUACGAUGGAAGCCACUGAGCCGAUCGAUCACACUCAAAUAACGAUUCUCCUUACGGUAUCGACAGUGUUAACGGGUAUUUCGGCCGUUGUAGUAGUCACUCGAUCAUGGAUUCGGUUUUGGGUCAUGAAGAAAGCGGGUAUGGAUGAUUGGAUGUCUAUUGGCGCUCUGACCUUUACCAUUGGCUACCUCGCGGUUCUUUACACUGGAAAGACCAAGGGGAUGGGUUCUCCUAUGGGGACUAUAUCUACGGAGAAUAAGGAGGCGCUCCUCCAGAUAGCUUUCGCCAUCGAACUUUUAUACUACUUGGUUUUAGCCUGCGUCAAAUCUUCAAUCGUGUUCAUGUACGAUAGAUUCGUCACAUCUAUUUUCGGAAUCAUUUUAGACAUUUGGAUCCUCAUGAUACCUCUACCCACAUUAAAGCAUCUGCAGAUAUCGAAGCGCAGCAGGCAUGUUCUAUACGGUCUCUUUGGUGCGGGUGGCCUCGCAACGGCCUUCUCUUGUGCUCGACUCUACUCUAUACACACUUACACACUAGCUGCUGACCCCUUCCGGGAUAGUAUUCUUGUUAAUGUUUGGUCAAUGGUCGAAAUCAACGUAGCGAUCUGGUGCGCAAGCGCCCCAGCGCUAAAACCCCUAUUCUCUCCCCGCCGUUUUCUCGACAGCGGAAAGUCAUCGUCGAGUCGCAACUAUCACAACCUAAACCAUCCAGGCAUUUCGAAAAAGGUUAUCGACGGGUCGACAUCACAAUCCAUUGUUCCUAUACAUAGUGAUAAUUACUCUGCCUCGCCAAGGGGAUCCUUGCACGGCCCUGAGGAUAUUGAGCUGCAACGGCCUGGACAGGCCCAUGUUUGA